AUGGCAAGUGCAGCUUCCACCAUUACCAGCCAGCUGAAGAGCAAUUUCGCCCCUUCACUGAGCAGAGCCCUGGUUACUCCCAAGGGCAUUUCCGGUGCUCCUUUCAGAGUUUUGCCUAACAGAAGAACCUCCUCUUUCACCGUCAAGGCUAUCCAGUCCGAGAAGCCCACUUACCAAGUGAUCCAGCCGAUCAAUGGCGACCCGUUCAUUGGAAGCUUGGAGACCCCGGUCACAUCCAGCCCGCUCAUCGCCUGGUACCUCUCCAAUCUCCCUGCAUACCGGACGGCGGUCAACCCCCUCCUCCGGGGGGUAGAGGUUGGGCUGGCCCACGGGUUCCUCCUCGUGGGCCCCUUCGUCAAGACAGGCCCGCUCAGGAACACAGAGUAUGCGGGUGGGGCUGGGUCGCUGGCUGCAGCUGGUCUGGUCGUGAUCCUCAGCAUCUGCCUCACGAUUUACGGGAUAGCAUCAUUCAAGGAGGGUGAGCCCUCGACUGCCCCGUCUUUGACUUUGACUGGCCGGAAGAAGGAGCCCGACCAGCUCCAGACGGCCGAUGGAUGGGCUAAGUUCACGGGUGGGUUCUUCUUUGGUGGGAUCUCGGGGGUCGUGUGGGCGUACUUUCUUCUCUAUGUUCUCGACUUGCCUUACUAUGUGAAGUAA